CUCAAAUCGCCGAUCCAUGAACAUAGUCGACAGCUCAUUGACCUCCAGGAUUCAGUCGUCAAAUUCACGCUGGAUUUCUGUCCAACCGUCAUGACAUAUAACAAAAUUUACAGGUAAACAGAUGUCCGUCAAUCGCAUAGUUCUGCCUAUUGUUAGACCAGGAUCUUACGCCAUUGAUGAGGAAUGUGAUAUCACUCGCACAAUUCCGUGUUACAUGCGAGUGGAGAUAGGAUGACGACCUCUGUGAGUGCUACCCCGGAGGAGAAAACCCCGACAGCGGAUGGCUUUAGUCGGCCCGUCUCUUUACUGUCUUCUAUUGGUAAAAGAAGUUCUUCUUUGCCCACUGAUGACCUGGUGGAUGAGGCAGAGGAACAGUUCUCAUGGACAACGGCCAUCUUUCGUCGAGAGCAGACGGUCCCCCGUGACCCUGAUGCAAUUGUGACCAGACGCUCUGUUUUCGAUGAUCCUGACCUUGCACCACACUAUUGGCCCAAGAAGGACUAUGAGAAUCUCCACAGAUUUGAUACAACCGCUCGUUGGACGUACAGGGAAGAACAGGUCCUAGUCCGCAAGUUGGAUUGGAAGAUUAUGGCUACGGCAGCUAUAGGAUUUUCCGCCUUGAACUUGGACAGGAGCAACAUCAACCAGGCAAACUUGGACAAUUUUCUGCAGGAUCUUGGAUUGACUACAGACGACUUCAACCUCGGAAAUACUGUGUUUAAGUUGGCAUUCUUAUGCGCAGAACUACCAUCACAGCUUGUCUCAAAGCGAAUCGGCCCGGAUCGCUGGAUACCAACGCAAAUUUGCCUCUGGAGUUUCGUGUCUCUGUCACAAUUCUGGUUAACCGGUAGGACCUCGUUCCUGGUCAGCCGGGCGCUUCUUGAUGAAUUCAGCGCCUUGCAAGGCGGUACACCUUUUCACAUUCCACAGCUUUAUCCCCGACCUGAUAUUAUAUCUAUCUUGUAUGUCAAUUUUUACACGAAGACGGAGCUACCCAUCCGCCUCGCCCUGUUCUGGAUGUCUUUAAACCUAUGCGGUAUCGUUGCUAGUUUUCUAGCCUAUGGGACGCUUCACAUGGGUGGUGUGGCUGGCACUGCUGGAUGGCGGUGGCUGUUCAUGAUUGAGGGAAUCCUCACUCUCCUUAUAGGAGUUUUCUCUUUUUUCCGCAUGCCUCCAUCGCCAAUGCAGACCAAAACAUGGUUCCGGCCCAACGGUUGGUUCACAGAAAGAGAAGAAAUCAUUAUCGUCAACCGAGUACUUCGGGAUGAUCCCACCAAGGGUGACAUGCACAACCGUGAGGGCCUUACAUUGCGUCAUCUAUGGACAGCGAUGUGUGAUUAUGACCUUUGGCCAAUUUACAUCCUUGGCCUCAUGUUUGGCAUCCUGAACACUCCCCCCUCGACAUAUCUCACUUUACUACUUACGGACAUCGGAUUCGAUACAUUUGACACCAACCUCCUUACGAUACCCUCUCAGGCUCUCGGAAUUGUCACGAUGUUUUUGAUCGCACUUGUCUCAGAGUUCGUCAACGAAUGUUCUAUUGUGUCAAUGAUGGAGGACCUCUGGACGUUGCCUUUCCUCGUUGCACUCUAUGCAUUGCCUAGCAACCCUAACCCUUGGAUAUUUUUCGCAUCAUACGCGGUUUACUCAACCGUUCAGGCUGUGGUGACUGAUCGGCACGGCAACAAGAUCCUCAUCAUCAUCUGCUGCGUCAACAUCUGUAUUCUGUACCCAGGUACGAAGGCAUAUUACAUCUGGCGCAACCGACAACGAGCUAAGAUUUGGGAUGCGAUGACGACAGAAAUGAGUUCAUCCACGACCAGGGAUGUUGGGAACAGAAGACUUGAUUUCCGUUUUGCACAUUGAUGAUGUGUUUAAUCAUGCAUAUUUAAUCAAUUUCCAACUGCAUUCGACUUGCGAGCCUUGAAGAUAGGAGGAGCGCCAUACC